CAUUAUCCUUCCAUAGUUCCAUAUAUGAAUAUAUGCACUUUCAAUCUUCCAUAUUUGAAUAUAUGCAUUCAAAGAAAACUAUAAGAGAAGUCUUUUCCACUGCUGCAUGUUUGUAUAUAUAAACCAGUAGUGAGAAGAAGAAGAAGAAGAAGAGAGAGAGAGAAAGAAAGGGGUUUGUGGGAAAUAGCAGUAGAGAUGUUGGAAGAGAUUACCAAAAUGGCUGAGGAGGUGAGUUUGAAGAGUACUACUACUACUACUCCUAUUCACUUUGUGCUGGUGCAUGGUAUCAGUGGAGGGGGUUGGUGCUGGUACAAAAUCCGGUGUCUCAUGGAGAAUUCCGGCUACAAAGUCUCCACAGUUGAUCUGAAGAGCGCCGGAAUCGAUCCCGCAAACGCGGAUUCGGUCCUCUCUUUUGACUACUACAACAAACCACUCCUCGACUUCCUCUCUUCUCUCCCCGAACACGAACAGGUAGUUUUGGUGGGGCACAGCGCCGGAGGGUUGAGCGUGACGCUGGCGACGCUGAAGUUUCCGAAGAAGAUCCGGCUGGCGGUUUAUGUGGCGGCGACGAUGCUCAAGCAUGGGUUCACUAGUGAGGAAGAUGUCAAAGAUGGAGUGCCUAAUUUAUCCGAAUUUGGUGACGUGUACGAAUUAGGAUUUGAAUUAGGAGCUGACAAACCACCAACAAGCGGAAUUGUGAAGAAAGAAGUCCAGCGCAAAAUCAUAUAUCAAAUGAGUCCUCAAGAGGAUUCGACACUAGCUGCCAUGCUUUUGAGACCUGGACCGCUCCUAGCUAUAACGACAGCCCAGUUUAAGGAAGAAGACGAUGACCAUGACAUUGAUGUGCUUGAGAAAGUGCCACGUGUCUACGUGAAGACUUUGCAAGAUCAUGUGGUGAAACCAGCGCAGCAAGAUUCGAUGGUCAAGAGGUGGCCGCCGGCUGAGGUCUAUGUAUUGGAUAGUGAUCACAGUCCCUUCUUCUCCCAGCCGUUUCUGCUCUUUGGAUUCCUUGUAAAGGCUGCCGAGGCUUCUCACUGGGAGAUUAUAUAGAUGUUUGGGGUUCAUAUUUUUGCAAUAUUCUAUGUAAUUUGGGAUGAAUAAAGUCUUCUAGUGCAAGAGAAUGGAGACAAUAUUGAAAUAAUGAAGAACCAGCUAGAUGCACUCUGCUAUCG